AUGGAGACGAAACUCGCAAGAGCGGUUCAGGCUAUCCAGUCCUCAAACUAUUCCCUUAACACCGUUCUGCAGCUCCAGGAAGGUGGAUUUGACUUCGCACAGUUGUCUGGACAGAUUGUUUGCGGACUUGUAGCACGCAACUUUGGCCUGGGACUCAAAAUCCUUCUUUCUUGUGGAGUCAAACUAGAUUGUGUGGAUCCAACAUCUGGCAAUUCACCACUAAUAUUGUUAGCUGCGGAGGGGCUUUGCGGUCCGGUGCGCUGCCUUAUAGGCCAUGUGCCAGUGGAGCAUCUACACCAUAUUAAUCGGAGCACUAACUCAGUUCUCUCACUUCUCCUGGCUAGAGGACAUAGCCGCUGUGGCUGCCUUGAAGCGCUUUUGCAGCGAUUCUCCACCUCCACCUUGAUCCAUUUGAAAGAUCCCUGCAACCGGGUUAUCCUUAGUGUGGCCGAUCUGUUGGAACAGAUCAAAACCUCCGCUAUCGACCGUGUCGCCGGUAUUUUCAAGUUGUGGAUUUCGGUCAACUUCAUUGAUCUCGAGGAUAAUGCAACAGAUGCAGAAACACGAAAGAAAACCCGUGAGUUGUUGCUUCAGCGAACGAUUGGGCCUAUCGUGAAGGACUGCCUUUCUGGAUGGACUAGCCCCCAGACUAUCAGAACUUCAACAUCCAAGUGCUUUCAACUGUUUUCUAAACUUCUCAUUUUGGGACGCCUUAGUGUGAGUUUUCUUGAGGACUGCCAGCGAGAAGUGGAUGCCGCGUAUUCCAUUGAUAGACCGAAGCCGCUUGAGGCGUCGCAAAUACGACAACUGGACCACCUACAAGAUGGGAUUUACAAACUUCUGGACAUAUUCGAGCCCCUUGUUCCACUAAAGCUAUUGACGAUUUUAUGCAUUCGUCGUCAACUCCAACGAGCCAUGCAAUCAGUACCCGAAAAGGAUGCGAAUAAGACCAGUGAAGACUUCAUCUUUCACUGUCAAAUCGAGGAGCUUGACCUACCAUUUUACCUCAGUCAGAUGAUCCUCCUACAAGACGACAUCCAAUUGUACUAG